UCCUUCUGACCAAUGGCUACCAGCAGGAAAGCCGAUGAGGCCUCCUCUUCAUCCUCCUCUUCAUCCUCAAAUCAUUGGAUUUAUGAGGUUUUCUUGAGCUUCAGGGGAGAAGACACGCGAAAAAACUUCACGGACCAUCUCUACCUGGCCUUAAAGGAGGCUGGAAUCAAUGCUUUCAUUGACGACAAACUGGAGAGGGGAGAGAUUAUAGAUGAGGAACUGAUGCGGGUAAUCCAAGGGUCCAAAAUCAGUGUCAUCGUCUUCUCAAGUAGGUAUGCGGACUCCAGUUGGUGUCUUGAGGAGCUAGAGAAGAUCAUGGAGUGUAGAACAACACUGGGACAGCUAGUCCUUCCAGUAUUCUAUGAUGUUGAUCCUACAGAUGUCCUGAAACAGAGUGGUAGUUUUGGAGAGGCAUUUGAUCAGAAACAUGGAGACAAACAUGAAGAUAAGGUCAAGAGGUGGAGAACUGCUCUUACUGAAGCUGCAACUUUGUCUGGCUGGGAUCUUAACACCACAGCUGAUGGGCAUGAAGGGAAACUUAUCAGGAUGAUUAUUGAGGAGAUCACUAAAUAUCUCAAUAACACAGACUUAUAUGUAGCAGACAAUGAAACUGGAAUAGACUCUCGUAUGCAAGAUAUUAUUUCUCUUUUAGAUGUUGGAACAUCACAUGAUGUUCGCAUUGUUGGAAUUUGUGGUAUGGGGGGUAUCGGGAAAACAACAGUUGCAAAGGCUCUUUACAACAAAUUUCGUCAAGACUUUGAAGCUUCAAGUUUCCUUCGUGAUGUCAGGGAAACUACUAUGCAGAACAAUGGUAUGGUUAGUUUGCAAAAAAGCCUUCUUUCUGAUAUCUCUAAAACAAGCAUCACCGAGGUAGGUCAUGUUGACAGAGGGAUCAUUUUGAUAAGAGAGAGACUCGGAUGCAGAAGGGUAUUCGUCGUAAUUGAUGAUGUCGACAAAGUGGAGCAAUUGAAGGCAUUAGCAAUAGACCGCGACUCAUUUGGCCGGGGAAGCAUAAUGCUUAUAACAACAAGAAAUGAACAUUUGCUAAAGCAAUUUGGAGAGGAUUCUAUAUAUCAAGUUCAGGUGAUGGAUGAAGAAGAAUCUAUCAGACUCUUGAGUUUGCAUGCCUUUAAAACUCGUUGCCCCCCUAAUGAAGAAUAUCUUAUACUCUCAAGAAGGGUUGUUGAUUGCUGUGGAGGUUUGCCACUAGCUCUUAAAGUUCUAGGUUCUUUUCUAUUUGAUAGAAACACAGAAUUUUGGGAAAGUGCAAUCCAGAAAUUGCAUACAAUUCCUCAGCCCGAAGUUCAUGAAAAGCUCAAAAUAAGUUUUGAUGGGCUAAACGAUGAUACAGAGAGGGACUUAUUCCUUGAUAUAUCAUGUUUCCAUAUCGGGAAGGCAAUGGACUAUGUCAAACCAAUAUUGGAUAGUUGUGGCCUUUUUCCAGAUUCAGGAAUUCAGGUCCUCAUUCAACGUUGCCUUGUAACUGUAAAUAAGGAAAACCAGCUGAUGAUGCAUGAUUUGCUUCGCGACAUGGGUAGAGAAAUUGUCCGUGCAAAAUGCCGUGACAACCCUGGAAAAUGGAGUAGGGUGUGGCACUGGGAAGAUGCAGUAGAGGUAUUGAGGGAUGCAUCUGGAUCUGAUGAAAUUCAAGGACUCACUCUAGACCUGUGGAGAUUAAAUUUAGAGAAAGAAUUUAAGACAAAAGCAUUUGCAAAAAUGAAGAGCCUGAGAUUUCUCAAACUCCAUGGUGUAAAGCUCAUUGGACAGUGCAAAUAUCUCCCCAAGAAGUUAAGAUGGCUCGACUGGAAUGGAUUCCCUCUAGAGUUCAUACCAAAAGAGUUCAGUCUAGGAGAAGCAGUUGCUAUCCACCUGCGAGGUAGCAACCUCAGACACGUUUGGGAAGAUUCUGGGCUCCUUGCGAAAUUGAAGAUUCUUGAUCUCAGUUGUUCCUUUUCCUUAAAACAAUCACCAGACUUUUCAACUAUUCCCAAUCUCGAGAAGUUAGUCCUCAACAGCUGUGAGCAAUUGGCAGAGGUUCACCAGUCCAUUGGAAGACUCAAAAGGCUUUCUUUUGUUGAUCUUAAGGACUGCAAAAUUCUUGAGGAGCUUCCAAGGAGUUUCUAUAAGUUAAAAUCUGUAGAAACUCUUGUUCUUGAUGGCUGUGAAAGAUUUAAGAAAUUGCACGAGGAAAUAGGGGACAUGACAUCGUUGUCUACUCUGAAUGCAAAUUGCACUGCCAUAACAGAACUGCCAUCUUCCAUUGUGAGAUUAAAGAACCUGAGCUGCUUACAUCUACAAUCUUGGGAUCCCACUGAUGCAGAUUGGGAAGGGAUUACCUUGAAAUCUCUCAUGUCGACACCUAAUUUCCGUAUUCUCAAUUUACCUCCUUCCGUUCAAGGCUUAAGCUCUUUAGUUGAUCUAUCUAUCAAUUGCUGCAUUAUAACUAAUGUUCCUAAGGAUCUUGGAAGUCUAUCUUCCUUGGAAAGUUUAGAUAUACGACACUGUUACUUGCAAAGCCUGCCAAGCCUCAGUGCCCUGUCCCAGCUUGUAUACCUACGCUUGCUUGAUUGCAAUCUUACAGAUGAAUUGAUAAGAGUUAUGGAUCUUGGGAGUCUAUCUUCUUUGAAAUUGUUGCAUCUAGAUGAUAACAGUUUCAGUAGCCUUCCAAGCCUCCGCAGCCUUUCUAAGCUUGUCAAUCUAAGUUUGAGAAGUUGUACAAACCUUGUUGCAAUUCCAGAUUUACCGACAAGUCUGAAGAACAUCUGCGCCUCGGACUGCACUGCAUUGAAAAUAAUGCCCGACUUUUCAGAUAUGUCCAAUAUGAGACAGAUGUGUCUAGAUGGAUGUGCCAAACUCGUUGAGGUUCUAGGCUUGGAUGAAUCUUUGAAAAGCUCCAUGACGCUGCUUGAAUUGGGAGGGUGCACAGAUCUCACUGCCACUUUCAAGGAGAAAAUUCUACAGGUCUCUCUCUCUCUCAAAAUAAUCUUGCUGUUGCUUCUUGCAUGGUAUAGGGAUGGAAUUUCAUAGGACCU